AUGAGCAAUCCGAAGACAAGACCAAAGCGGCGAUAUUCCGAGCAGUUUCUGAAGUUUGGCUUCAUUGCGGUCGAGACCAACAGGAAAGAGACAGCGCCUCUCUGUCUCAUUUGUCUCCAGGUCUUGUCCAAUGAGUCCAUGAGAUCCUGUCGACUUCAACAUCACUUGAAGUCGAAGCAUCCUCAGAAGGCCGCCUCGCCACUGGAGUACUUCGAGUCGUUGAAGGAAAGCUUCGAGAAUAGACCAAGGGUAGGCUCUUUGUUCGCCAACUCCAGGUCCGCGGCGAUUCGAGUUCAGCGAGCAAGCUAUGAAAUCUCUCUCUUGAUCGCGAAAACUGGGAAUAACCAUUCGGUCGGAGAGCAGCUUAUCAAGCCAGCGAUAGCGACAUUCCUCAAAACGGUCGGUCAGACUGAUGACAAGGAAGUUGCGGCAUUGCCGCUGAGCAACAAUACGGUUUGCCGGAGAAUCGAUCGUAUGGCUGAAGAUAUCGAGCAGAAGCUGGUCGAGAAAUUGCGGAGCCGUAGCUUUUCUCUACAGAUGGAUGAGUCCACAAUAAGACAGAGCGAAGCCCUCCUGAUGAGUUAUGUGAGAUAUAUAGACCAGGAAGAUCUGAAGGAGGAGAUGCUGUUCUGUAGAUCGCUGGAAACGACAACGACCGCAACCGACAUUUACAAGCAAGUCCGGGAGUACUUGUCAGAGCAUAAAAUCCCUAUAGAAAACAUGGUUUCAUGCGUGGCAGACGGCGCACCGGCCAUGAUGGGGAGAAAAAAAGGUUGUCUCAAGAUGUUGAAAGAUGACAACCCCGGGAUGCUCACCAUACACUGCGUGAUCCACAGGGAAAACCUGGUGGCUAGAACCCUCUCACCGAGUCUUCACAAAGUCAUGCAAGCUGUGAUCAAAUGUGUGAAUGAGAUAAAAGCAAAGCCCAAGUUCGAGCGCUUAUUCGAACAGUUUUGUCACGGUCAGCAAGAAGCACACGUGCGGCUCUUGAUUCACACUGAAAUACGCUGGCUCUCCAAGGGAAACUGCCUACGAAGGUUCAUGGAACUAUUCGACGCUGUCGUCGAAUUCUUGAAAGACAAGGAAGAGGUGGCUCUCCUCACAUCGUUUGAGGGGAAAAUUCUCGUAAGCUACCUCGCCGAUAUCUUCGACUUUCUGAAUGGCUUGAAUUUGAAGCUACAAGGCAAGAAGGUCUCUCUAAUCGAGGCGCAGGAGAGCAUUCAGGGUUUCAUAAAGUUCUUGCGAGUUGCUGCGAACAACGUCAGAGCUAGGAACUCGAUCAGUUUCUUGGUUGAAGAAGUGUAA